GUUCAGUUUAUUUGGAGAACUGUUUGAUGAAGCCAUCAGAAAUGGUUUAACCGCCUUACAGGUAACAAUGUAGAAGAUCUGUGUUGGCAUAUUGGUUCAAUGAAUGAAAUAUUUAUUUAUUAGAUCUACAAACAACAAUAGAUCUGUAAGAAGAGAAAGAAAUUCUUACUAAUUAUGUUACUAAGUAUUCUGAAUUGGUAUUUAGAAUAAAGAAAAAAUUGUCUCCCAUUAUGCUAUAUCUCUUAUGAUAAUUGUAUGCAAUAUAAAUGAAUAGAAUGGAGUGUUUUUCUGUUUUAAAGGUACUUUUUUGUCAUCUCUUAACAAUCAUGAUGAUCUUUUCUCCCCUAAUUAAAUUUUGGCUAUAAACAGAGAGAGGCACCUUAAUAAAUAGGAUUGAUGUAAAUGUGCCCAAACAAAUCUGGUCUAGUGACUGAUUAGAGUGUCCAAAUCAGUCAUACUCUCAGAUUCUGGUAAAGACUUAACUGUUACUUUAUCACAGACUCAACACCCAGGAUUUUACUAUCAACAAGCAGCAAACAAUGCCAUUGUCAGGAGACAGCUUUGCCAGGGCUUGUGUCAUGUAAGUAAAAUUAUUAUCAUGCCAGAGGAUUGCUGAGAAAGAUCUGAAGGAACAGUGACAGACACAAACUCAAAGGAGCAAUAUUUUUCUUAUGAAAAUGACCAUUUUUUUAUCAUUAGUUGAAACUUACCAAUAAAAAUUUGAAGACUAGAACUGUCUGACUUAGGUAAUUUUGAAGUACAAAUUAUUUCUGAAGAACUUUUCCUGGAGGGCCUUACCCAGAUAAAUUGGGCUACAUACUUGUGCACAUGAGUGGCCACAGCUACAAUGAAGGUCAAAGUUUGUUCGGACAGUUAUCAAAAACAUAUCCAAUAUACCAACAUAUUACAAAAGGCCAUCUUUUGCCAAUUCAGCUGUGUACACAGAACUCCCCCCCCUCUAACAAUGUUGGUAAGUUUAGGCACUACAUCCUGGUAACGUUUACAAAGCACACAAAAUUUGAAAUUGUUUGGGGGAGGGGUAGGGAAGGUUUUGAUAUAAGUAAUAUUGCCUUAGACUUUAAACCACCCUUGUAGUGUGGGAUAAUGUUGAAUGUAAACUAGUGGCAAGAAAGGGUCAUAGAUUCCCUUCAAAGUACACCUAACCAAAAACUAAUUAACUACCACUCAAAAGGGUUAUUUGUUUUCUGCAUGUAAUUAACUUUUAUUGUUCAUUGAGUCUGAUGAGUUACUUUUUAGUUAAUACAUUGGAAUCUGUUAUUAAUUCAUCUCUAGACUACCACUCCACUUACUAUGAAUCCCUUAGAAAAUGCUGGAAAUCUUGACUUCUAUGGUCAGAGACCUUGGAGACAAGGUUUUCAAGGUAACUGCAAAUAUAUAAUUUUUUUCCUCUGGCAGUGUUUUUUAGAGUAAGUACAAAAGGUGUUGAGACACUCAGUAAUUUUCCUUUGCAAACCAUGUACUGGUUGAAAAGCUCAGUGUUAGAAUUUUGUUCCAUUUGAUAAGAGAAAACUUUUCGUGUAUUAAAAACACUCUGUCAAAAAAAAAAAAUUCUAAAACUUUUUUUUGAGCUUAUUUGAAACUUGAUCUGUUGAGAUGCAAUACUUUCCUUUAAUUUGUAGAACUGCUGGGUUCAUUUGACUUAAUAUAUUUGUAGGAACAGAACCACCAGAUGCAGGAAUAGAGAAGGCUGGAAUUAUAGCCUUGCAGUCCCAAGAAAUCCAAGUGGACCAUUCUGUAAGUGUACUGUAUUGUUUGGCAGACUUUCAUUUCAAGAAAAUUAAGAUCAGAUAAAUGUCAGGGAGAAAUCAUGGUGACAAAUUAAGUUUAAAUGCAAGGUUAAUAUGACUGUAAAUUUUUGGUUGUGCACAAUUGCAUCAAUGAGCUUUCUAGUCAAACCAAAGCAAUAAUUAUGAAUUUGAAAUCCCAAUUGCCAGUAUUACAUAAUACCUUGUUAGCAAAUACUCUUACCAUCAAUCUCUUUAUUUAUGCUAACCUACUUUUAUAUAUUUGUUGAGGUACUUAGAAUAUUUGGGUUAUCAUUCCCCUUCUCAGUAGUAUAUUUGGUUGAGGUACUUAGAAUAUUGGCUCCUUUUUUUUUUUCUCCCAGUGGGUUAUCAUUCCCCUUCUCAGUAGUGCAGUGGCUCAGUUUAAAAAGUACAAAUCACCCAGGAUGAAGAGAUACCUGAGUAAGUUCUCUCUUUUUUCACUUUAACCCUUUAAACCCUAAGAGUGACCAGCAUCAAAUUUCUCCCUAAAAUAUCAGCCCUGAAUCACAUGUUAAGGUCAUGAGAAUAAAGGAAAUGAUCACCAACCAAAGAGGCUUUUGAUUGGUGAACAAAAUCUCCUUGUCAGCACCUUAGGAAAUGUAUAAAGAACAGUAUGGAGAAUAUAUAGACUGAUUUUAGAGUGUAAAGGGUUAAGAACUUAGCAAGAUGCAACUAAAAGCUUUUGUUUCUUCAUGACAAUGUACAUGUAGUGCUUUUAAAAGUUUUUUUUAUUAAAUUUACAAAGCAGAGUGAUAUAGUGUACAUAGUCGAGGUCUAUUGGCUUUUCUUAUCUAAUUAUCAAUAUGACAAUAAUAUGCAAUAAGAAUACUUGAUAAAACAUAGGGAUAUAACUGUACUUUGAAUAGUAGUUACAAUGAUGAUUAAUAUUGCAUAUGGAUAACUGGGCAAGCUAAUCAUUUUCUACUGUAUGCUCUGAAGUUCUUUCAUGUUCACGUUAAAAGCGAGUCUUUUUUGUUAAUUCUGCAGUGGUUCAGAUGGGUGAGGAGUAUUACCAUGCUAGAGAUUACAGUAAAGCCUUAUUGUGAGUGUAGCAUAAGAGAAUGUUUCAGUUUAGAAUCAGUAGUGAUCAAGUAUUGUACCACAGGCAGGCCAGGCCGUUUGAAGCGUCUCCCCACGAAAUUACUUUCGGCCGGAGGCCGUUGCGUGAAAGUAAUUUCGUGAAAAGACGCUGACAUACCACAAAAUGAGUUGAUUAAUAUUCCAUUUAACUUUAUUGAGGAAUUCAGACCAAAAUGUAAUUUAGAUAUGCAUUUUUUAGGGCUUUAUUCAUAACCCUCGUAGAUUUCUUCUUUAAGGUUGUUGGGAAAAGUCACCUGGGAUUACCGCAGAGAAAAAUGGUGGUCACUUCUUACGUCAGUUUUAAUCACAUCACUGAGGUACUGUUGUUUUGUAGUAAGUGAGACAAGAUUUGUACUCUCCAGCUCUUGUUUCUGAGAACUCAACAUGUAAACAUUUUUAGUUGAAAUAAUCUGAAUUUACUUGGUCUUGCAUUACCUUGCUUUGUAAUUGGUCUUGAAAACACGCGCCACCCUCUCAACCAAUCAGGUGUAAAAUUGAAACCAAUGGCGCAUUGGUAACGCGCGUUUUCCCGCGCUUCAGACAGCUUACUUGUUUCCUCUGUAAGUUAUCACUUGUGAUAUUUAUCUUCACUGUGAUUGGCUGUUGGGUUUACCUUGGUUGUGGUUGGCAACACGUUAUUGAAAAGCCCUCAAGCGUGAGAAUCAGGGAUACUACGUCGAGGUUGGUGGAAGUUUGGCUCAUUUACGACACGGACACAGCCAACUCGGACAGACGGAAUAAUUCCACGUCUGUUCAGUUGGACUGCUACAAUGCCAAAAAUCUAAGUUUGUCUUCUUGUUUAACGUCAAAUUAUUGCCAAGAGGUUGUUUAUGAAUAGCAAUUUUAGUGUAAAACGUUCAAAACAGUUUUUCUCAACUUCAAGUUUUAGAUUUAUUUAUUCGUAUAUCCUUAGUCUUCUUAACUCUUGUUGCAGGUGUGCGUACUUGGUUGGCAAUGUGAAGGAAUAUAUCACCCUUUCGCUUGAAUUGACGGGAAGAUGUAUCCUUGAAAAUGCUGCCUAUCAUUUGAAUAACUGAACGUAGUAUUUUUUUCUGGGUGAAGUGAUUCUUUCGGGUAGAGUUAUUUUCAAUGCAAAGUGAUCUGGGAUUGCAUUGGUGUAACUUAGCUUCGUUAUGUUAUUGGUCAAGAAAGCUCGCGCCAUUUUCUCAACCAAUCAGAUGCAAAACUAAAACCAACCACGACUUGGUCUUCCGCGUUUUCCCGCGCUUCAGGCAGGGUGCCUGUUUUUGCUUUGAGUUCCUAUUGUUUCUUCAGGCUAGUCACUCUUAUGGGUUAAAGGGUUAAAUUGGUUUCCAAGUCAGGUGGAGAGGCUGAAAAGCGCCUUCAAAACGCAAGGUAUUCUUGGGCAACCAACUAGUAAGGUUGCAAAAUUUGGGAAUUUUAGGAUAAUAUUGACAUUUGUAGUUGCAUAAAGCUGUACAGAUUUUGCUUAAGUCAAAUUCACUGCGGUGUAAUACGUUAGUAAAACAUCUUACCCAAUAUUUGUUAUUGUAUUAGUGGUAAAGUCCUUGAUUCAAGAAAACAUCAGAUGUUGAAAAUUCACCUGAAGAGAAAACAAGAUGUCAAACUAAUCUUAUUCACGUCAUGUCGGUAAGGACUUACUGCCAAUGGUCGUUUAAAGAGGAUUUAUGGAGGAACUUUUAUUGUAGAAUGAGUUUACGCUGAUUCUUUCUGUUUUUUUGUCAUCUACAACCCUGACACUGGUGAUUUAGACAUGGAAAGCACGCGCGCGGCUGAACGCGAGUUAAAAACGCGGGAAAGAGAGUUUCCUUGCCCGCAUGGCUGGUCUUUCGCGCGUGGAGAACUCGCUUUUUGUCGAGCGCUACUAUUACAGGAUGAGCAUGUUACGAAAGACAACUGAAUUCUUAUCACUGUAUCAUGUUUCAUUUCUAAUUUUUCAUUGGAAUUACAAACAGAAUGAAUGUCCUGAGCCCGAGCCAGGCUGUGACUUUGAAGCAGUGGAAGAAGCUAAAGAGCUGUGGAAAACUCUUAAAGUGACACCACAGGCACCCCAAGUAUUUACCAUACAGAUGGAACAAAUAGCACCAUUUGGUAAGAAAAUGUCAACUCUACUGUGUAUUUUUUUUUUUCACAGUUUACAGAGGCGGAAACUGAAUUUAGCUGUAGAAACUCCUAAAUUCAAUUUCCAAAUACAGCAACCAAAAUCUUGUAGGGUAGAAAAAAACUCUUCUUAAAUACCCUUUAAAACCAAGACUUGAUAAAGAGACUGGUAAAAUUUUUAAGAUUAAAAUAUUAAUGAAUGAAUGAAUUUAUUUUAUUUGUCUUAUGCAAAGGAGUGUGUGAUAUUGUAAUAUUUCCUGUUGUUUUCAAUUUUGUUCUUCCUUCAGUGGAAUGCAAGGCAGUCUUUGAUUCAGUUUCAACAACAGCAGAUUCUACCAUCCUUCUUCAAAUCUACUUAAGGUUUGUAAUGUCUUCUUAGAGUCGCUCAAUCCAAAACAGCUUUCACCCUUAACUCUCAAGCUCUUAUUAAUUCUCCAAACCAAUGACGGAUUUUUCUUUUGAUGGUGAGUCAUGAGAAUUUCGUUUUAUACGUGACAAACAGAUUCCAUGAUGCCGUGUGUCUGUUCAUUAACAGAUCACAGACGACGCUAAAAUGCUGGAAAGAACCAAAAGUGAUACAUUUUGACGUCAUCUGUAAUUUAUUAUUGAACAGACGCACCGUAACAUGUCGUUUCUUUCUUGAAUAUCCCUUAAUGGAUCAUUUUCUUAAUUCUCGUAAACUGUCUUCGUUAAAAAUUAUCAAAGUAUGGAGAAUGUAAGUUCUGAUUACUCAUGGGAAUGAUAUGGUUAAGAGGAAGCUUUUAAGAGACCACAACCUUGGUUCAAAACUGUCAGCACUGAAGUAAUUUAGCUCUAUUAUGCAUGGUGACGAUUCGGUGAUUCAUUGAGAGCGCUUUUCGAUUGAGUGUUGUACAGCAACCUAAAAUAACCUCUAGGGCAACUCAGGAUAAAGGAAAAUAUCACGAGAAGCUUUCGAAAACUCAGCGUACAAACAAACUGCCAUAAAGAGCGGGAAAAGGCGGGAGAUUGGUAGAGAUAGUGGCUCGACUUUUCAAGACCGAUCUUUGACCGUAACGAAGAAAAACUGAUGUAGUUCCGGAUUACUAUUGACAAUCAAUUGAAAGUUGUUCUAAAUAAAGGUCUAAACACUUGUUAUUGUUGUGUGUUGUUAUAUUUCAGGGUUUCUUGCCCAUUUCCCAUCCGAUUCUCGAAGAUUGCCGUUUUCUUUAGCAAUCAGGUAAGUUAAAAUAUUCCUACAUACGUUAGGCUAGUGUUACUUUGUUUCACCAAAAUAUGAAAGCACAGUUUAGUCUCCAGCUUACAAUAGCAAGGUAACUACCACAGCUAACCGGAACGAAGGUCGACCAUAAAAUGCACCGAGGAGAACCGACAUCAAACAACUGUGUACAACAGUAAGUGUAGGAAACGCGGAUAAAAAAGGCAUGAUUGGUUUGGUUUUGCAUAUGGCGUUGAGCUGAUGUCUUAUUGUCUAUGAUCUUGAAGGCGUCAAAAGUGAAAUGUAAUCAUUUGUGGUCACUUCGGGUGUGAAUCGCAACAUUUCGACUGCAUACUGCCAGUCUUCUUCAGGCGAUGAGGUCGACCAAGUACGCGCCACUAAUAUGCUCUUGUGCUUAGCCGCUGUGAUUGGAAUUUCACGGCUGUGAUUGCAUGCUUGGAACAGGCUAAUUUCGUGUCUGCCUGCCUGUAAUCAUGCCAUGACACUCUGGAAGUUAAUUUGGUUGCAUUUUCUACUGGCCUGACUCAAUUUUCUUUUAUCUUUUAUCUUAGUUUUAUAACCAACAGUGUGUUGUGGAGACUGGGUCCGCUCAAGGGGAGGGUGGAUUGUAUCUUCUUCCAGCAAAGACCAAAGUCAUACCGUUUCAACUAGUGCCCCAGCCUGAGGAUGUUGGAAAACUACUUCAGGUAAAAAAAAUACUGAAAUAAUUUGCCAUUCGAGUCUUUGCACUUAUCAAUAAUUUAUUCGUGUGAAAUGAUAAUGUUGCAGUCAGCUGACGAGACUAGUAGCCAAAAGAGGAAAAGCUAAUGGUCUUUUACUAGAAACUAUCUUUAGAGUAUUGCUGCCAGUCCAAAGUAAGAUUGCCCCCCUCCCCCCGCUUCCCCGCACUUUAUCAUUCCUAGGUGUAGAGUAAAGAAUUUUUGCCCAAGAACAUUACUCAGUGAUCCCAACCAGGGCUCAAACCCAGACCUCUCGGUAGUGUCACCUUCAAAGUUUGACAGAAAACUUUUUUCCGGAGGAGACUGCUUUAAAAGAGACUUCAGAUUUAAGCUUUCUUCGUUGUGGUUCCUAGGUCACCUCCGUUGCUUUGGAGUUGGGGUCCCGUGAGUCUCGGUGUGCUGCACUGGUGUGGAGUGGCUGGGGAGGGGAGACUGGUAACCAAAACCUCCCUUUUGUUUCAUAUGGUUUAAAAUCCGCCAGCAAAGAGGAUCAGUUUGACUGGGAUGAGUUAAAGGUCAUCUCGAAAAUCAAGUAAGUCAUGCAUGUUUUCCAUUGAAUCUUAAACUACGGAGUGAAGUUUAUAGUAACAAUUAUUAACAGACGCAGAGGUGAAUUAUUGUUUCAGUUUAUACCACAUAAACUGAAUGACUAGUGAUCCAAAACAUUUUAACGUAUCUGCCCCCGAGUUAGCCAAUCAGUGCGCGUAAAGAACGGUAUCCACUUGAAUGGUAAUUGCUUACAGGCCUGAAUCACAUGGUAUUGAGAGUUCUUCGGAAAGUAAUUAGUCAAAUGAAUAAUUAUGACCCCAACAAGGUGGAAUUUAUUGUUGAUAUCAGUUCCCUUCGCGAACUCUUUACGCCAGAAUUGAACCGCGCAAGCCUAGAGUUAAUAUCACACUGAAGCACGAACCACCCGCCCUCGUAAACGAGCUGUAUGGACUUCAGCUGGUUGUUGAGAGUUUGGAAGAUACACCGCUGAAAGACGUCAGGUAUGCCUUUUCAGUGUGUUUUUAUUUAAGUGUUAAACAAGAACGUGAAUCAGUUCCCUCCUCUCCUCCCGUCUAUUUUUGAUUUGAAAGUAAUGUUUCGCAACAUGUCUUUGCCUUUCUCACAUUUUCGCGCUUUUUUCGGUUUCCAUGAACCUAACUCCUCUUUCAAGCGUUACAACAACAAUAUAUGCCUUUUUUUAGAGUAUGGCUUGGAUUUCAGGACGAGCAGGAAUCUCCUGAAAGAGGUGAGUGUUUUAAAACAACAACGUCUUCCCAAAUGUUAUAUUAUCAUAUGUCAAUAAAGAUAUUCAAUCCAAGAGAGCCUGGGUAUUUUCCUACGUCGGAAGAUUAGAGCGUUAAAGCGCUUUUUGCUUGAGCGUCGUAGACCAAAACCACAGGAAUCACAACAGCCAAUCAGAAGAAAGGAAAAUAACUCUAAGAGCCAAUUAGAGUUCAAGGUAAAACCAAAGUUUUACAUCUGAUUGGUGGAAAGAGUGGCGCUAGUUUUCUAGACCAAUCACACCGCGAAGUUAGUUCGUUCAAAAUGUCGAGUUUCUUUUAAUUGUAUUCCCAGGCGCUUUGAUUUACUCAGAAGUACCCUCAGCAGAUCAGGCUGAGAGAGAUGCAACGAACGUUUUGGAAUUUACUGUGGAUGGAAUGACUGAUAAGGUAUGAGAGGUGGUAUUAAGGAUGAUACUUGGCCGUGCAUGGCUACGAAUUUUAUCUUCGACCCUUGCGUCUCUACCCGUAACCAACAAGCUAUGCAUUUCAGAGUGAAAUUUGAUUUGCGACACGUGAGUUGCUUUAGAUUUGUGAACGGAAAACUUUGAUGGUGGUGGUGAAUUUAUUGGUUUCUUCACAUUGUGAACCUUAUGACACACUGUACUUUUAUCCUUUUAGACGUUUUGGUGUGUAGUAUGGCUGUGUAUUUUUACGACGUUGUCGUUUUUUGACAACCGAUUCAAAUUGAAAACCAACGAAUGAAAAUACUCAGCAAUGCCAUACACCAAAACUUCUGAUAGGUUAUUCGUUAUCCAACUGAUUUAUUUAUACGAAGAUGUCGUCCAUUCUUUUCUCCAAUGAAUCAACUCACGUAAGCAUAGCCAACCAUAGCCGACAUUGCUGAUCCUAACAGUAUGCAGGACGCGUGUCAUAUUUGCACUUCGUAAUGGGCCUUGUUCAUCAUGGAGUCUCUGCGGCUCAGUGGUAGAGCAUCGGAGUGCGGAAUCCGAAGAUCUGAGGUUCGAUUCCUCAUGAGCACUCAGAAGUUUUUCUUUGUCUCACGCUCAUGACAAGAAGGAAAGAUCUUUCUCAUUUUCUCUACCGAGCAUAAAAAUAAUUUCAUACCCUACAUCCUAUUUACAAGAUUUUUUUUUCUUCCGUACAAAGUAACUAACUGUCGAAAUAACCGUACAAUAUCGCAGGAUAUUUGUACUCGAUGCGCCCAUUGAUUCUUUUUCAUACUCUACUUAGUGCUUUUGGAUACUUCGUUUGUCUAGUGUGCAGGAAAAUUAGGCUUUAACACCAAUGAACCGUCGUAGUUCACGUCUUGCAUAUUGUCAAUGUGUCCCUUUCGUCUUUUCUUCCUAGAUCGAAAGGUCGUACUUCGUCAAAUGCUCUCAAGUGGGAUCGCGGACUGUAACAGCAAAGGUAUAAUACCUAAGUAAGCUGUAAUUGCACCUUUAAUCACAAAUAUUUGGGCGUCUGUUUAGAGAACUCAAGUCAUAUUUUCGUGCUAUACGUAGCCUGCAGAAGAGGCGCAACAUUUUUGCGUUUUUAAAGCGAACGAGGAUAAGCAAGAGGGGAGGAGUGCGUCAUUUUUCUCCCGUCUCUCCCUCGUACGUCACUUCCGCUUGCCUCCGUUCACCCUAUUGUGCAUGUUCUGUUGGCUAUGAAUUCCGUUCAAUACGUAGUUGAAAGAUCUCUAUACAAUACCUUUAGAUACGCAAUAUUUUUCUAUGUUCUUAAUCUCUAAGGAUCAAGUUUCAAGUUAAGAUAUCUUACAUUCUUUAAAAAGAUUCAUAUUUUCUUGUUUUGUUUUUAUGCAGAUUACUUAUACAGUAGAUGUCCAAGUAGAACCAAAUUCGUCGCCAGUCACUUGUACUUGUGCCAAGGUGAGAUCACUCUUUUGUGUCUUAAAGAAAGAUAAAGCUACCUCUCAGUAUUCUAAUCCACAGGACUAAACAAAUUUGCAAGCGCCGCGUAAAUUUCCACAUUUAAUUUUAAUCCUCGUUCGCUUUUUAAUGUUGGUGCACUUGUGAAUGUAAGUUGCACUUGUAACAUGGAGCGCUUUUCGAUUGACUGUCGUAAGACCAUAACCAAAGUAAUCAAAACGGCCAAUCAGAAGAAAGGACCUUAAAGAGCCAAUGAGAACAACAAUGCCCGAAGGGCGGGAAAACGUGGCUCUAGUAUUGCAUCUGAUUGGUUGAGAAAGUAGCGCGAGUUUUCUGGACCAAUCACAGAACGCAAGUAAUCUCAGAUUUCAUUCGACACUCAAUUAAAAAAUCCUCCACAUGGUGAAUAUAAAAUCACGUCUUUUUGCUUUCUUCUUUCUCUACUGUCCCGAUUUAUACACGCCCUAGGAGGAAAGUGUUGUUAUCAAGACUGUUAUGCCAUUUGAAAUCUCUUUGUCUCUGACAAAUCUCAAGGUAAGGAAAAGUAGGCAAUAUUUUUUACGAUGUAAUUUUACGUCUCUUGGAAUCGAUCAAACUUGCGCUUUUGGCUAUCUAUGCAAACGUGCUCUCGCUCUUGUCUCAAAUUUCUUUCUUACUCUGAAAGUUAUGGCAUAAAUUAGUGCAUUUAUAAAUCCGUCAAAAUUUUUUUGACCGUGGCAUAACUCUGCGAAUAUAAACCUGGUCUGGUGCAUCAUGUUGGCACCAACACGCCUCUGAAUUAGGGUACUGUUGUUGGAAUUGUUGAUUAGCGUCAAGGCAACGCCGCAGUAAACGAUGGUUUAAAAAUGAAUUUAUAAUUUCGCAAAUGGCUGAAUGUGUUUACAGUUUCUUACAGCGCUACACCUCAACCGUAGCAUAACGUAAGGAAGCCGUGUAGAGUUCCGUUGGGGUUUCCGUACACAGACCACGCAAAUUUGGUUGAUAUCACGUUGGAGUUUUGCCAAAGACGGCUAAUAAAUGUACAAAGAUUUGAUACGCACGUGCCGAUCUGCCAAUUUGAUCUUUUGUUUUGUAACGCCCUCAUUGUGGUCGUCAUGGUUUGCUUUGAGUCCAUAUUUACAGGGAACUAAAAUUAAUUGCAUUUUAGUUUUUUUAAUUCUUUUUCUUUUGGGGAGGGGGGGGGCGUGUACACCACAGCAAUUUAAUGAGCUCAAAUCAUUGAUUUGCGUUUAUUCUCAGUUGGAGAGACUGGAUCAGCUGUUCGAAGAAGAACCAUUCCUCUUAUUAGCUGGCAUCAAAUGCACCUCACCUUGGCCUGUUACCAUGGUCACCACUACAUUGAAUAUGGUGAGUUUACAAACAAUUUAUGUUCGCAAAAACUGGGUUUGUCUUCCUUUAGAAAAUAUAAUCGAGAAGAUAACAAGUCGAUGAAGCAGGAGAGCAUAUGCAGCCCUCCCUCUCCCCUUCCCCCCCCCUCCCCACGAGUCACGAUGGGAAUGUAAGCCAGUGCAUAGAUAUACACUUUAACUUAAGUGCGUGUUUUCCCCCGCCGGAACUUUGCAAUUUAACUCACUGAAGAAAAAGUAGUCUGAGAAAUUCAAGCUUUAUCGGGGAUUGACGAGGAACAUAUAUCAUCUAGAGAAUAGUCGGGUGCUAAUUUUAACUAUGGUAGAAAUAAGAAGCAGACAUUCUGGACAACUGUUUGUUUGUUUGUUUGAUUUCAGUCUCCAGAAGUGAAUAUUGUGGGUGAAGAGAUGGGAUCGCAGCUGCAAGGAAGUAAGGAUUGCAUGUCUGUGUAUUACGUGAAUAACCGAUCUGAAUUAGUUAAGGAUGCGCCUACUUGCACUGUCGGGCUUCUUUUUUAACUUAUCGCCGAAUAUUUGGGGAAACUAGACAAGGUUGACCGAGUUUUUGGACCAAUUGAGGGAGGGGGAAAUCUGCAGGGGAAUACGAGGGGAAUUUUCCUGAGGGGCUUCAAAGCUUUCAAGGCCCCCCUCCUCAUACUAGACAAGGUUGAGCGAUUGUGUAGACCAAUGGAGAGAGAGGGGGGAAAUCUACGUGGGAAUACGAGGAGAAUUUUGUUGAGGCGUUUUCAAGGCCCCUUUUCAUUUUAAACAAUGACCAAUGGAAGGAGGGGGUUAGAAUUUGCAUGGGAAUAGGAGGUGGAUUUUGUUGACGGGUUUUCAAGGCCCCACUUAGUGAAAAUACAGCUUUGCGAUUUGUGCCCCUAUAUGCAAAUUGCGGGUUUCAAGAUUUCUUGUGAAAAUUUGGCAAUUAUUCCCGACUUGCUAGCUGUUAAAUCUUUACAGGAUACUUUGUCUCUUUCUCCUUCUAACGUCAUGUAUGGUGGUCCCAGUCUCUUUGCAACAGGGUGAAAGUGCGUCGGAAUGCUACUGCUUAGCUGUUAAAGAGGGUGUCAGUAAAAUGAAGGUCGUGAACAUUGGAAGUCUUGCCCUCCAGUGGAGACGGUACGUCCGUGAUUACACUCGAGGGACUAAGAAAAGUGAGAUAAAUAUUGAGACAAUUUCCAAUGGAGUACCCAAUGUAAUACCAAACUGCAUUCAAAAUUUGGUCCGCCUUCCUUUGCUCUGUGAUUGGACAAGGAAAGUUGCGCAACUGUCUCUCUCAACCAAUCAUGAAAUGCAGAGUUUAAACCAAUAGCGACUUGGCCCACCUGCGUUUUCCCGCGCUUCAGGCAGUUUGCUUGUUUUUUCUUCGUGUUCUCAUUUGUUCUGAUGUGCCGAUUUUAUUACUUUGGUUUUUGGUUUUUGCCAACACUCGGUAGACCCACUGAUGCCUUUUCAACUGAACCUUAUUUAGGAGAAUAUGUCCCAAUCCUUUCGUUGCUUGAUUUAAUCAUUUUAAAUUUUUUAAUUCUCCAGAACUUCUGCGGCUGAUAAGUUUCCAGUUGUGGUGACAGAGCUCACUUUCCCCUCUGUAACAGUAGAGAGUGUUCCUUUUGCGAUACAGGCAGGUACGUAUCCAGCAAGGUUAAUCAUACGGCAAUAUGCCAAGCGUCAAAAUCAAACUAUACACGAGAAGGUCUUUUCAUGCUUCUCGCUGUUGACCUGAUAAUAUCGUGCAGCUUUUGUAGAGGCAUCGUCGUCCAAAUGUGACUGGGAGAACAAAAUUGAGUGGUACACAAAAUUUAGUAAAAUUGCGGGCAAAUUAGCAUAAACACGAUGAAGUCGAUAAGGUUGUGCAAAAGCACUCUUCCCGCGCUUUUUACAGGGUUUCAAAUUGUUCGAGAGAUGGGUAACAAACGCGGGAAAGUUAGUUCUAAAACCUUACACGCACUAGGAGAAGCUACUCAUAAAAAACGUGGUUAAACUCAGUUUUAAUUAAUAUACAUGUAUAGAGGGGGUACGUUUUUAGACAUAAUUUGGUGCUGCGUCGUUGGGGGUAUUGCACAAUAGUCAUGUUUUAUGAACAAAGUUAAUAAAAUAAAUUGGUCUCUGUAAAGAGUUUCUCAAGCUGACUUUUCGAGCGUCAGCCCUACGUCGAUACUUCAGCUGUAGAAAUCCUUUACGAUGGCCAAUUUACAUUAUCACUUCAGUUGAUGAAACCAAAUUAUCUUUAAAUAUAUGUAUUUGUUAAUGAAUAGAAAAGGAAAGACGGUAAAUUUAAGCUCCGUAAUUAAGUAAAGAAAGAUAUUUUUUCCUUCGUGUUACAAGCGUUGGACAAAGAAAAAGUAGAGUUUGCCAUUCGAGAGCGGAAUUCGAAGUUCUGGGGCUCUAAUCCUCAUGGAGACACGCCCUCGUUACAAGACCAAAGGGAAAAAAUGUAUUUAUUGUACCGUUUUUUUUUUCAGAUUUGCCUGCAUACGGCUGUGUACAGAGCCCACUUUUCGUAAGCUAUCUCGUCCGCAAUAGAACGCUUCAAGUCCAGGAAGUCGAAGUCACAGUGGAGCCAAGUGACGCCUUUAUGUAUUCAGGUCAUAAACAGGUUAGUUCAGCUUACUUGCUACACGUAAAACAUGUCUCAUGCGAGGGGGUUUGGUGAAAUAAUAUACUUGAAGAAGUAUAUUAUUGGCUACUGCACUGUGAUUGGCCAGUCAAACUCCCAAUAUCCUUUGCCAUUUAUCUACGAGAAACGUGGGCGGAAUUUGCCAGAAGCCAACGCAACUUUGUGAAUAGUUGUUAACGAUGAAUUUCAUCUCCAGAUUCAAUUUCGUCUGCUGCCAACUGGCGAUCACAGGCUCAAGUUCAGUUUGUACCCUCUUUACGCCGGGUUUUUGACUCUUCCCAAGCUGCAUUUCAAACUGCCUCGCUUUCAGGUUAGCUGGGAUGAACAUACGCAGAAAUUGGUUCCGACCAAUGUUUUUAUAAAGGUAAGAAACUUUUUUUAUGUCCAAAACGUGAAAAAUGCAAAUAUUUUGCAACGCGUUGGCAGAACAUCGGAUAACGGUCAACUUGGUUUGCUAUAUUUGCUAACACAAUUUUCUUUUUAAUUCGGUUCUCUAAAUUAAUUAUAAAUUAUUCAAGUUUUUGAUUACCGUAACGUUAAUGAUCCAAAUCGCCAUACUGGCUUCUCGCUGAAAGGCUGUAUCCUUUAACCCUUUCACUCCCAAGAUAUUUUUAUUAACUCUCCUUACUGUCUGUCUUACGAUUCUUUAGAUGUUAGUUCGGAGAAUUUGUCAUUGGAUCAACUGAUAAUCCCCUAAUUGCUAAUUUUUUUAUUCGCAUAACUUGUCUGCUGUAUAUUGUUUUGAUAUUGUAAGGAGAAAUUCUGUCUUAAGUCACUUAUGAGGACUUCCUGACUUGAAAGUGGAUGUGAAUUCUCAGGCCUGGUGGCCGUAUUUGCAACACCUUUACGGCCCUGAAACGAAAAAACAAAACAAACACAGCGUGGACCGACUGUCUGAACAAAUUACACAUAUCAAAAAAUUUAUUAGUUAUCAGUUUUAAAAGUUAGCACGUAGGGUAACCUUACGAAAACAGGUCCAGAAGUUUUUAGUACAACUAGCGACUGGAAUACCGGUGAUUAGUCAUAAAAUGGAUUAGUCACAAGUUUUAAAAGUUAGCAUGUAGGACUCAUUUAUAACGUGUCUGUUAUCACACAGCCUCGAGGCCGGGAAUUGGAAUCAGAGAAGAAGCCUGGUUACUAGUACUAAAGAUAGCUAAUGGAACAGUGGAGACUGGAGGCAAACUUUCCAGUUAUAGUCACAAUAGGAUUUUAAGCAGCAAAGUGAUGCAGCGGAGGUUUGAACCGCUGUAAACUGACAGCCACAUGAAGGAAAUUCUUUAGUGGGGGCUUUUAUCCACUGGCUGGUGAAUUGCAGGAUGUUUAAGGCCAAACAACUCUGAGGCUAACAGAUACGCGUUUUUGCAGAUAUGUGUUUUUGCGCGCAUGUCGCAUUGAUAUCACGUAGAAUUUGGAGCAAAACUAAUGCAAUCUUGGAUUAAAAAUUGGCCUAUGAGUUCAAGAUUUCUUUCGCGUGGUCGUUGACGUGGGCCAAGCCUGAAUCAAUUAUCACACAGAGAAAUCAAAAGCGAAUGAUUUAACUGUUUGGUUGAACUUCUAAAUUGAACUCGUUCAAAACUUAACAACGAAACAGGCUCAUGAUUUUUUUAGACACCUGGACAGUAUGAGGCUACGUAGUUGCGUAGCCAAUCAGAUUGCAGCAUUUGUGAAUUUCUACUGAUAUGUGAUUUAUGAUAUUUCUGUGAAUUUAUAGCUUAUACCGUCGAUUCUUAAAGAAGUUAUUGUUCCUUAGCAACGAAAUUGUAAAAGCCAACAUAGUCUUAGUCAUGUAAACUUAACUGGAAAUAAUGGAAAAAAAACAACAACGACAAAACAAACAGGCAAUACAAAAAUGUUCAAACUACGAUGAGUGACUAAAAUCAAUGGCAGCAGCCAUAUUUCAUAUUAAAAUUUAGGACUAAAAAAAAAUGUUAUGUUGCUAUGUUUACCUAUUACUUAAAGGAUCUAUAACACAAGAACAACCCAUAAAUCUUUCAAGGGGAUCGGGAAAAUCGAAAUGUAAAACAUGUCAGAGCUUCCAAAUGUCUCUUUUCUGACGAAAGAUGAGCGUUAUGUAAAUCUGCUUAGUUUAUAAUAGUACUAUAGUACAUUUUAUGAAUAAUUGAGAUACUACAAGCCCUAAUUGGUAAAAAACCUUUCGUUAUUGUAUCAGUAUCUUCGUAGAUAAUUUUUAAAUAAUAACUCUGUGUUAGCGUGUAGAGUGGUAUGUUGCUCACACCAAUCAGAUCACCGCAGUAGGGUAUGUAUCUCGCACCAAUCAGAUUGCCGCAUUGAAUUAUGUAUCUCGCACCAAUCAUAUAUCACAGUAUUUGGAUAUCUCGUACCUAUCAUAGUGUUUGGGUAUUGUUUUCUUGCAAAUGAUGUCACAGAAUCAGGGGGCCGUGCACAAAGAAUGACGUUGACGUGAAAUUUUGGGCUUAUUUGUUGAUUGUUAUGGUUGUGACCUUCGCAAGAGCCUCGUCUAUUGAGGUCGAGACUUAUCGGGAUAUGAAAAGUUCGUAUUUAACCUUAUUGUAAUAUUUUCAAGUUAAAACGUGUUUUUACCGCUCCUUUUCUAACAACGCACAUGCCAAACAACUUGCAUUCCAUCAUGUACUAUGAAAACAACGUCCAAAGUCCAAUCAGAACAUACCGAAUCAUUGCACUACAUGAACAUUAGGCAAUUUUUCAUCUGCUUGAUUUGUGUUCCGCUAAUCAAAUUCCAUUUUGCCACAUUAGACUUCGCUCCACCAGGUGCCAUUUCCAGGUAAACAACCCGCUUUUUCUCACGUAUUCUAAGCGCAUUAUCCAACCCCACUGGAAAAAAAUUAACAUGGAACCAAAUGCUACUGAUAGUGAAUUUGCCACACAACUCUCCCACGCAUUGACUUUUUCUACGAAUAAAAUUCGCUUUGGCUUUAAAUUCGAAUUAACCCAUCGCUUGUUAAUUUCUUGUAAACAACCUGCAUUUUAUCACGUUUUUCACACAGGAGACAAAGUCCACAUAGGCAACAACUAAUCAAGGAGCCCUCUUUGAAAUAUUAUCCUUUUCUUUCGUUCAGUAUAUAUUCACUUAUGCAAGAUCGCAAUAUAUUUUUGAUUAGGGUCUAUUGGAGAUACAACGUAGUUAAAUUACGUGGAAUUAUAUUUUUGAGGCGACUAAAUGGAGACGAAUAAUUUUGAUUUUCUCUCUGUGAGAGCAACGGUUGUAAGCGUAGUCUCUUUCGCAACAAUUAUUUGGUCUCGUCACGCAACGGGUUCACUCUCCAACUGGAAUACAGGGUGUUGUGUGACGAGGUUAAACAACGACUGCGAAGGAGACUACAGUGAGCGUGGCACCGAUGCAUUUAAUUUUUGCUCGGAAGUAUUUAGACAAUAGAGACAAUAACUUACAAAAUACCUGUGGGUGUUUGGAUAAAUAAGGUUUGUUUUCGUUCUCUUAAAGUGAAGUAAUGCGAUUUUUUCGUUCUUUUGAAAGUUAUGAAAAUAUUAGGACACAAAGUGACCCAUCUCAACCUACCCAGCUAAAAAACUAACUUUUGCAUGCCAGGCAUGCCUAUGUUUAGUUUAUUUUAUUAAAGGAUAGAUCGCACUUUCUAUCGGUAAUAACCCACUUGGGAUGUCGAAAGGUUUGUAAAUCGUCACCUCCAGCUCGUGAUUUACAGACUGCUCUCGUGUCGUCCCAAAAAUCUAUAGCUGAAAUAUCUUAUAUCUCGAAAAGAAAAGUGUCGAGUAAAUAAACCAAAUGAAUACUUUUGUGUUCAGUAACUUGGUGUCACUCGAGUUUGAUGUUAAAUUAAUUAAUUGAAUUAAGCAAAUGAGAGGGUAAUUUAGUAUUAUCAAAUGGGUUAUAACGUAAAUUGGCCACCAUAAAGAGUUUCAAAGCUGACGUUUCGAGCGUAAGCCCUUCGUUAGAGCGAUGUCAGAGCGACGUGAAAGUUCUAACGAAGGGCUAACGCUCGAAACGUCAGCUUCGAAACUCUUUACGGUGGCUAAUUUACGUUAUAACUCAACUGAUAACUCUGAAUUAUCCUGUUAUACUUUCCCACCGAUGCAACACCACAUUCACUUUAGAAAUCAAACUUACCCCUUUAUAGGUAAAUAAGAACGAGGUCAUGAGAGCGUGUUGUUCAACUCAGCUUGUACCCAAGCCCCCAACAUCGUCUGAAGAGGUAUUUGCCUCUGAAUCUUGGGAUUUGGGAUUUGGGUCUUGGUCUACCUGUUGCCGCAUCGCUAGUGUACUCUCCUUUUGUUUGAGUGAUCCUUCCCCGACUUCAACCACUCCCUCCCCCUCCCCCCACCACAUCCCAAAUCCCCUUUUUAGUACCGCCACCAUCGCUCCAGCACCCAACCCUCUUCCCCUCGCCUACGAACUCGGCGGGAAACAACAGAACAAGAACAAAGCCUACGUCAGCGUUUUCUUUCAGCCAGCGGUGAUUCCCCAGCGCUUAUCAAAGUGAAAGUGUGUUGUGGAUACAAACGGAAGAGGGGAACCACCGAUGAGUACUGUUACCGUUUUUCCCUGUGAAUCCUUAUGAAAGGGAAAGAUCGGUAGAAUUUCAUUGUAAUGUUACCAUAAACAAAUUUUAGAAUCCUCUUUAAAUAUUGUAGAGAGCAUGACAAGGUAUUAGUUCCUCAUUUGGUCUUUUGAGCGAUUCACGGCUUUGAAAAUGGACGAGGAGGAAGAAGUGAAAACGGAAUACUGUUCCAAUUGGUAAGUCCCUUGCGCUUUGUAGACUAUGAACACCAUCAUUUGAAGAAUUGUGGACAAUUUUAAGCGAUGAGCACAGUUUUGUCGCUUCAAAUCGUAUUUCUGUUGCACGCAAUUUCAAAAACUGCAAUGUCAUUCCUUAUUUUGAUCGUUAUUUUUUCUCAAACAAAACCUUUUGAUGCUGUUUCUUCGGCGACAAACGUGUUUUUUCUAGAUUGCGAGUCAUCUUUUCAUCGUCUUUACUCGGUGAUGGUCAAGAUCGACGGAAAGGCUAUCGAAAGCGGAAGCAUUUCAAAGCAACUAAAAAUCGCAUUUGUAGAUAUUCAUCCUCCCUGAUUUUCGCUCGCUAAUGGUUGUUUUUGGUGAUCUCAUGUUCUUUAUUAUUUCUUUUAAAUAUGGAACUCGUUGUGUCUUUCGUCUUUUUAGUGAAGAAGUCACAUUACUUAAGGUUGUAAAAUUUAAUGUUAAUUCAAUUUAAUGAUACUACAUUUGCAUUUUCAUUCCGUGGUCACUGAUCCAGAAGGAUCACAUCUGCCUGUUCAACGUGGUAAACUUUUCUGCGUUUUGAAGUUUUUAGUGAAAUCAAAACAGGAUUUUUCCUUGUAUGGUAUUUAGACAAAAUAUGUCAUCUUCACCGCUUUUUUUUUUCCUCUCAAAAUUUUUGUAGAAUAUAUGUUGCAUUCCUUUGUGCCUAAUUUAGCUCUCAUUGAUGUUUGACCUGUCCGUUAUGUAAUAUUAUAGUGUUCGCUUUUUGUUGAACCUUUAUCCAAGCAGAAGUGACAGGCUUUGAAUAUAAAUUAGUUAUUUCUUCAGUAGUUGCAGUAUCCACUAGAUUCAGGUAGCAAUAUGGUGCCUGUGAAUAUGAAAGCGAUCUUUGCAGUAUUGAACACUACUUGAGCAGUAGUGAAAAUAAGGCCUGAAAAAAAAAUCAUGUUAUUUUCUCUACUGCUCAAGUAGUGUUCAUUGCUGGGAAGAUCGCUUUCAUGUUCACGUCUUUAUCUGCAGUUCACAUAUAUGAUUUCUAUAUAUUCACAGUCAUUUAAUGCAGAGCUUAUUGGCUUUGAGUGGGAACCAAAUUCCUGUUUUAUUCUACAUUGAAUUAAAAAAAAAAUGGUCACAACAGCAAGUGGAUCUGAUAACUUCUUUGUAAACGCGUACAAACAUGCAAAUCAGCAAGCAACACAAAGCGUGCACUGUGGUUAUACAAUAACAUGAUAACCAGUAACCUUGAGUGUCCUUGACAUGAUAAUUGUAUAAUCUGCAGCUAGAUGACAUCUCAGGUGCUGAUUUUGAAAAUUCACUGUACAUUUUCAGCCAAUUAGAAAAGAGAUAGUGUGUUGAAUAUAUAAUAAACAUGAUUAACAUUUAUCACAAAAACAGUAAACGUGACAUCCCAGCUGCCAACUUUGUGAUGCAUGUCAAUCAUUGUCAGAGGAAUCUGAUGUUAUGUAAGGAAUGUGGGGAACCAAUACCCAUCUCACAGCAGGAAGAACAUUUUGAAGAAUACCAUGCCAAGGUGGGUAUUGUGUUUGGAGGAUAAGGUGCAGAUGUUUCUUGUUUCUCAGUUCUUUAGAGAAAAACAUGCUGAACCCUAUAACUCCUAUGAGUGACCAAGACAGAAUUUCUCCUUACAAUAUCAAUACAAUAUCAAGAAAAGAUGAGAUGAGAAUAAGGAAAAUAUCAAUUAGGAAGUUAUUAGUUGAUCUAAUCCAAAUUCUCCAAACUGACAUUAUUAGAAGAGACUACGGUUGAGUGUAAGGAGAAUUACUGAUGAGAACUUGGCAGAAGGAGAUAAGGUGAUUCCUCAUUAUUAUACGAUACAUCUUGCGCUGCCCAUAACACCAUGUCAUUAGGUGAACAAAUGUGCGUGCAUUCCAAGAACUGAUGAAAUGACGCACUUGAUUAGUACCAGCUCAGGCAGAGAUGGGGUAAGAUUGGCCCAUCACAUCUCUGAAGCAAGUAUGGUGAAUUAUUUUUUUCCAUUAUAGUUCUCAAAACAGAGCCUGGUAUGGAACAUUUAAAAAAAAAGCAUUUAACAACUUUUGUUUCUGAGAAAUGACCUUAACCUCCAUUGUAUAAUGACUGGGUCUUUUCAAGGCUAGAACUGACUGGUAAUUCCAGAGAAAUGGUUGUUAUAUUGGGAGUGUUUAAACUGUUAAAAGUUUGGAUUGGCAUUGAACCAAAAAUGUCUCCAAGUGAUGGUUGCCUGGGAACGAUAUUUUGCAGUUUGAGAUGACUUGAUAUGUAUUUGUUUUACAGGAACAAUGUGAAUGUGGUGAGCUUGUGGAGAAAAUAAAUCUUGAUGACCACAAGGUAUGUUUAAAACUAUUCCAUGCUAGUUUGUUUGUUCCACAGGGUUACAACAGAGUUUACCACAAAGAGAAGUUUUUUCAUUCAAUGCUUCACUAACAGCACUCUAAGCUGUGACUCUUUUGGUGAUCCUAGAGUAUUUACCCUUAAACACCAAGAUCUGAUUUUCAAUUCUCCCCUCUAGCUUCUACUCAUUCCCUUGUAAAUUGGUUACAAGAAUUUGGUGAUCAACAAUUUCUACCUCUCGAAGUUCUUGAGUAUUCUCAUAACCUGUUUGCAAGAAAAUGAAUGGAUUUUAUAGGGAGAAUUUACAUGUUAAUCACUUCUGGGAGUUAAAAGGUUAAAAUAAUCUGUUAACUAAAUCUAUAGCAGAAGCUGCCCAUUUGGGCAUUUGGUGAUCGAUCAUUUGCCCAUUCGCCCAUUUGGGAAACUUCUGCCAACAUUUGCAGCUAUGGUACAACUUUUGCAGUAUGAAGACUGAUGUAUAUGUGGUGGUCAGGAUAUAACUAUGUCAGGACGUUUUGCCCAAACUACCUUUCCCAAUUUUUCCCUGGCCAGUUAUUAAAUUUUUUUCUCUGACCACCACUUUAUGAUUUAAGGUUACCAAAUGGAAACUUUGGGGGAAAAAAUUGAGCUUUGAACCCUGAUUUACCAGACUGAGUAUAUGAAACAGCAAGCACAACUUAACACUUUCUCUUUUUGUAUGACAACUUAGAGAACAAUUGAAAGUAAACUGACUGUUAACCCUUUAACUCUCAUGGGUGACCAAGGCAGACUUUCUCCCUACAAUAUCAAUACAAUAUCAAGCAGUCGGGUAGUGAGAAUAAUGGAAGAAAUCAUUAGUUGAUGCAAUAUCAAAUUCUCAGAGCUAACAUAAGAAUUGUUCAAGAUCAUCUUGAACUGGUUUUUUGUUUCCUCAACACACACAGAUUAUUUUCUGUCUCAGUGAUAUAAUUAUUAUAGUGCAUGUAACUUACUUCUUUUCAUCUGUUGUGUUAAAAACAGGAGAAAGAUUGUCCAAAUCGCAAAGUGGAGUGUGAAUAUUGUGAGUUAACUCUUCCUUUCAGUAAAAUGAGUUCUCAUGUGGAAUACUGUGGCAGCAGAACCCAAAAGUGUGAUGCAUGUCACAGGUUUAUUCAAAUAAAAGACUUUACUGAACAUGAAAACAGCGGGUGUCAAUACCCAAUCAAAGAGGAAAGUAAACAACUGCCACAUUCUAAGCCAAGACAUGAAAUUUUCAGUGGUGUACCCGUUGACAUGUUUAAUGGGAUGGGUGAAAUAGAUUCUUCAGACGCAGAGUACAGAUUUAAUCCAUUUCUUGCCGCUAUAAAUGGGUUUGGACAGAUCCUUACUUCAGGACUUGGAACUCCACCUUUUGGUGAUGCACAUAUGAAUCCUAGGGGAGGUGCAGCUCACUAUGGUUUUGACGAAAAUGGCAUGUUUGGAAAACAUGGUGUUGUUUCUCGAGGAGCCAGCAAAGGACAAGGUUCCCAAAAUCCAGAAGCUGAUCAUCGUAACUUUCAAGAUUUUGAUGAGAUCAAUGAUGAAUAUGCAAGGGACGUUGAUGAUGAUGAAAUUCUUGCAGCAGCCUAUCAAGCUGAUGAGUUUGGAUACGUUGAUGGAGACAGUGAGUGGAUGUCUGCGGCAGAGGUUGACAAGCAUGUUCCAUACACAAAGUCUACAUUACUGCCUGAUUCAGGUAAUGGCAAGCGCUGUGCUUUGUUGUUGGGUUUAAAUGCUCACUUUUCUUCUAAAGAAUGUUAACUGUAUAGUAAACAAUUAUUGUUGCAAGCAUAUGAUAGAACUAAGAAACUAUGGUGGAAACUGUAUUCGGGGGUCACCCUUGGAGAUUGGAGGGGUCACAGCUUAAUGCAAGUUGACCCCUAAAUACAGGUCUUUUCACAGAAUAGAGGUUUUAUAAAAAACACUAAAAAAUCCCACUUUAUGCCAUAAUUGACCACUUAAUGGAUAUAAACUUGCUUAAAAACACUUACUAACAUUGAUUUCGGGAGAUAAACAUGGAUAAAUUUUAUUAGAAGAUUAUUCUAAGCGUCAUUUGAGUUAUUCCACUUUAAGUUGCCCUUCAGUACAGGUGGAAGACUAUUCAAAAAGGCUUUUUGGACUCAGUGGAGAAUGAUCACAACUGUUCAAUAGAGGUGACUGCUUGGUAGAGGUGAAAAUUACAGUAACAAGGGCAAAAAAUUUGGGACUUUAAAAAGCGCUUAGUGCAGUGCAGCUUAAUGCAAGCUCAACUGUAUUGACAAUGGUUUUGAUUAUUAUAAAAUUAUUAUUAUUGUGCCAUACCUGUAUCAUUCCAAGGUCAUGACAGUGAUCUGUUGGAAAAUUUUAUUGACUAAAGUAAAGAAUUCAUUCUUUCUCUAGACAAUCUAGAUAAAACACAGCUGCCCUGUGAGUUUUGUGGUAACUUAUUUUCAGUGGAGUCCCUCAUACUUCAUCAGGUGAGAAAACACUUCAAACACAUUGGAGCAAAAUUUUUAUGGAUUACGAAGUAGUCUAUGGUCAGUGGGACUCUUGUAGCCUUGUUGCUUAAUGGGCAGGAAUGUGAGUCAGUAGGUCCAGGCUCAAAAACCGUGCUCCCAUCACUGUUGUGUUUUCAGGCAAGGCACUUUCCUCCCUCAAAGCCCUCCUCCACUGUUUUGUCUCCCUGAAGACUAGAAAAUAUUUAGCAAGUAAUUUUGGGUGGAGACUUCAUUUUCUUUUUGCACCAUGAAUGUGACAACAAAUAAAUGCGUAAUACUAAUUCAACUUUCUCUUUGCUGGCUGACUUUUCUCUCUCCUGAGCAAGAACUGUAAAAUGCAUUUUUUGGGAAUCAAAAUGUAUAACUCCUUGUCCCAUAAGACAGGGCAUGAAAUUGCGCCUAAUACAGGUGCCAAUGCGACUAAAUUUUUCAUUUUGGGAACCAAAUCCUAAAAAUUUGUUGCCAAAUUGGUAACUAGAAUGCUUCAUCAUAUACUUACUUAGAGAUAUAGAGAAUUAAAAAGAUCAGUAAAGAUAAAUCCGCAGCAAACUUUCUCGUUAAGUUUGUCUCCAAAACGCAGCACAUGCAUCUCAAUCGAUAACUAGACGCCAUCUUGGAUUUAGGUGAGCUUGAAAGUUGUAUAUCAUCCAUUCUAGUGUCCACGUUGUCGCAUGUUAAAGAUCUUUUUCCUGAUUUAAUUUUGAAGGGUCUAUCUAGAACGCUGACAGUGUAAAAAAAGGUUUUGUUUGUCUUUAUAACUGGCGACCAACUUUUAUGAAUUGGCUACCACUUUGAAUAAUUUAGGAGCCAAGUGGCUAUCAGAAAAAAAAAUUAAUUUCACGCCCUGUAAGGGUGACUUUCAUCUCAUUUCUACUUGCACAAUCACUCCUGAAUCACACUUGUAGGUAACAAGAAAGAAGGAAAUGCUUACUAACGACUGUAAUGAUGCUCUUGAUUGUUCAACAAAUUCUCCUUUUCAGCACAAUAAGAAAUGUAUUGAAAAUUUGCAUUCUGAUGUUGGGGUGUAAAGGUAUUUAUUUGUUGUGGUUUAUAGAGUGGUUGUCAGUUGAGAUCACUGGAUUCAAUAUCUGGCGUUGCUCCACCUUUUGGCGGUAACCGUAGGAACAGGCAUUACCUGCCUCAAUAUGAUGACUCAGUGUAUGCUGGGGUAGAGAGAAGGAACUCCUUUGUAAGUUGGAUGACUGAGUUGGAAAUCUUUUAACCUGCAUUUAAUUAAGAGAACCAGUCGCUCUGACGAAGGGCUAACGCUCGAAACGUCAGCUUUUUUACCCUUUACGGUGGCUAAUUUACGUUUUCAACCCAGUUGUUAACACUAAAUUACCAGCUAUUUUGUACUCGAGGAGUCACGUUCGUUGUGUAAAGGGUAACUUAAACUUUUUUGCAUUCCAGUGCAGCUGCGAGAUUUGGUGGCCCUAUGGUUGACAAAGUGGACUUGGGGUUGAGAAGUCUGGGUUCCAGCCCUGUCUGGUCAUUGUGUUUUGUUCUUGGACAAGGCACUUUACUCUUAUAAAGCUAAUCUUCUCCACCCACGCUAAUGUUGAUGAGUGAAUGGUCAGGGAAGUCUGACAAACUGCUUGCAGCAUUUGGCUAACAUACUAUUCAGGGGGUGUAGCUAGCCACUGAAACUGGGAUAGGCUUUGGCAACAUGAGCCACUUGGUUCAUGAACUAAACUUGACUCACUUGUUGUUAAUAAAUUCCUCCUGGGGAGAGAAGAACCCUCUAAGACUUCCUUGGCUUCCAACGUAUGGCUUUGUAACUCACUUGGUAGUUGGGCCCAAUCACUGUCUGAGGGGCAUGAACACGAAUCCCGUUGAAGCCUGAAUUUAUCCAGGCUUGUUUUCUGCAAUGGCUGAAAUUGCAUUCUACCUGCGAAGAUCAUUUCGAAGAAUUACGAAAAGCUUAAAUAACAUUGUUCGUUUAGUUUGUCAGGAAUGUUUCUUACGGACUGUUAGAAGGCCAAAAAACCUAACUUGCCAAAAAUGACAUAUUUGUUAUGUUUUUAUCGUUAUUUAGGAAAGGGAAUUACAAAAUAAUCACACAGAGCUUGACAAGAGUGGAAGGAAAUGUCCAGGUAUGUGAUUAGUUUUUACGUGAGUUCAUUGUCAGAGCAGUCGUCAACUGAGUGUCCAAAAAACUUAAUAAUCCCAGCAACCAAUCAGAACAUAUGUUUACAUCAUCACUAGCCAAUGAGGACUCAAAGUGAAAACAAGCAAACUGCAUGAAGCGCGGGAAAACGCAGGCGACCAAGUCGCGUUUGUUUUGAUUUUUUGCUUCCGAUUGGUUGAGAGUAUGGUGCAGGUUUCCUGGAUCAAUCACAGAGAAAAGUUGAAUAAAACAAAGCAAUCCCGGAUUAUUUUCGACAUUUAAUUGAAAAUUGCUCUACUUGCCUAACUAACGUAUAAUAUGACUCUCUUGUCUUGGACAGAAGAUGACACUUUUUUGCCCUGUGAGUUCUGCCAAGAGUUGUUUCCAUUUGACAACCUUAUUUUACAUCAGGUGGGUGCUAAAUGUGUUGCUGGUUAACAGACUGCUGGUUGAUUUGAAUGAAAUUUCACUCAGUUUAACUUAAGUGAUACUGAAAGAGCGCUUUGAAAUUGACUAAACUGACUUGAAAUUGACUUGAUUAAACUGACCUGAACCAUAGUUAUCUCAAAGGCCAAUGAGAUCCAAGGUAAAUAUCUCAAGAAUAAAGGGGGUAAGUUGCUAAGGAAACUGUGGUGCUGCGUCGGUGGGAGAGUAUAGCAAGCUCUGACAAAGGGCUAACGCUCGAAACGUCAGCUUUUUUACCCUUACGGUGGCCAAUGAACGUUUUCAACUCAGUUGUCAACACUAAAUUACCUGCUAAAUAUUUCAAGAGGCCGUUGCAAACAUAAAAUGAAAACUGAUCAAAUUGGCUGUGAGCCACUGAACUUAGAAGAUGAAUUCUACUUAUAUGGAUACCACACUUCCCCUCUCAAGCAAGUAUGUGGAGCCUGCACUUUCAAGAACAAGCCUGCAAAAGAAACAGCGGUUGCCGCUUAUUCUUAUGAAAGUGUUUGAACUCGGUUUGAUACCGGUUAAAAAGUUGAUCAAGGUGAUCAACCAAACUAAACAAAACCCAACCCAACCCAACCCAACUACAGCACCCCAGUCAACCAACUCUCAAAGGUUGAUCGCUAUAGAAGAUAACCAGAAAGUGAACAAGUUACGAACAUUUAAACGUCGCAUGUAGCUGGAUGAGAGAGUGGCAUGAGUUUUUAGAAUGAGUUUUAAGAAAAAAAGCUCAACCGAGUUUCGAGAGUUAUGCUGGACUUUGCUAGUAAUGAUUUACUUUGCUCUCUAAUUGGUCAAAACAACUCUCACCACUUUCUCAACCAAUCAAAUCCAAAACUAAAACCAAUCGCGACUUGUUCAUUCGCAUUUUCUCACGCCUCAGGCAGUCUACUUACCACCACUCUUAGUUUUCAUGUAGUUGGCUGCUGUGCAUAAUUCCUUUCUUCUGAUUGACGUUUCAAGCGUUAGAUCGAAUGACGAAGGGCUAACGCUUGAAGCGUCAACUUUAAAACACUUUAAGGUGGCCAUUUUACAUUAUCAACUCAGAUGAUAAAACCAAAAUUAUCUUGUUGUACUUCCCCAUUGACGCAGCACCACAGUUUCUUUAGAAGCUUACCCCUUUCUUCUGAUUAGCCUUUGCGACUACUUUAGUUUUGGUUGAGGUGUUAUGGUUACACGACACUAAAUCGAAAAGCGAUCUUUAAUUAAUCAUAGAGCGCGGCAAAGCCAAACCGCACUUUUGGAAAUUCCAUCAUUGUAAUUGGCCACAAAUUCCACUCUCUUAGGCUGUUUGUGACGCAGGUCCAGCAAGCCGUGCUCCUUCGACAUUACCCCCUCUCAACAACUCGCCUUCAGCGUUAUUCGAUGGCUCGACACAUGGACCUCUUCCGAGCAAAACUAGGCCAAUUGUAAGAAUUGGUUCUAAAAGUCGCCCCAGUAGACCGGUGUACGAAUCGAAGAGAAGAAGCCCAAAGUCCUGGGACGAUUUUAUUCCAGGCGAUCUCGACAGCAGAGAGUUGACGCCUGAAAACUCCAGCCCUAAAGUGAAUUUUACGCCGGAUGACGGCAGGGCGCCAGGAAGAGAUGUGAGGCAUAAGUCUGAGAAAUAUAAUGAUCGAACAAGAGAACCAGACAACGUUCCAAUGAAUAACGCGCUCAAAAGACCAGAGCGCAAGACAAGAGAAUCUCGUCCCAUACGCGGUCAGCCGGUGUUAAGAAAUAACGACUUGGUUACAAACAAACCUCCAAGGGACUUAGUGCAUCAUGGUAAAGAUCGAAUGGUUCACAGCAAGGAGCUAAAAAGACAGCCUGAAUCGAGAAGCGAUGCCAGCACAUUCCACAAGACAUCUGCAGCGAGAUUGCGAGAGGAUGACUCGUAUCUGGGAAAAACAAAUUCAGGAUCCAAGAGUAGUUUGAUGACAGAAGUGACAAAACCUCCUGCGGUUCGGCAGAUUGAAAUCACGGCUCACGUGGUAAGUAUAAGCUAACCUACCAAAAUUACUGUUUGCAUUUGUUCCCAUACAAUCCAAGCAUCCUUUACAGAAUAGCGGAUUGUGCUCACAUGGUCUGUACAUGCAGCGUUUAUUGGCUUUCCCCAAAUUUUCAACCAAAACGCGAGAUAUUCCUCAAUAUUAGUAUCCUUAACCCUUAUUAAGAAAGUGUGUUUAACAAUCAAGAGCUUUUUUAGUUGGUGAUUAUUUCCUUUAUUCUUGAGACCAUAAUGUUUGAUUCCGGGGUUAUAUUGUAUCGGGAAUCAAAGGGUGAAAGAAAGAAGUCCGGAAUGCAAUGCCAAGAAAAGCGUCGAAUUUAAAAUGUAUUUGUUUAUUCCUCAAGAAUUUCGGGAAUUGCUCGACGUUGUUACCGUCUCUUGAGGCACCAGACCUCAACCUUAGCAUUCGUUCAGUUUCAAAUAUAAAAUAUAAUUAAUUUGUCCGUGGGUACCCAAUCUCAGACUUGACGAUUUCACGUUAUUAGGGAGUUUAAGAAAACCACGACGGCAACGUCGAUGAACCUCGUUAAUUUAAGGAAAAAGGAAAGUGCGUCUUCUACUGCUUCUAUUUUUACCAUACUGUGAUUGACUGUCAAAGGUUAAGGGAAAUGUUUCCAGACUCAGACCAUUUAGUUUUUAUUCGCUGCCUUGAGGAAUUUCGCAGGACUAGUGAGGAACCGCUAAAUAGAUAAUGAGUACUUGUAUUGGUACUGACGUGAUUUUGAGUGCAAUUUGGUGUUAAUAAGUACAAGUAAAUUUUUCGGAAAAGUACUUCUUACACCAAAUUGCAAGAGAAAUAAUGUUAUUACUUGUCAAUAAUUUACAUGAAUAACAUCACCGAAAGUCCAGACAGACGAAAUAUUGAAAGCGUGCGCGUGCUAAUUGUAAUUUGCACUCGUGUUACAGCUUUGUACUCGUGUUACAUGGAAUGCACUAGUUUUCAGCCCAUUAGAAGCGCGUAACUAUUUCAUGUACAUUAUUUUUCCGAAAUAUAAAAUCGUUCUGUUUUGAGGUUUAUUAACAUAUUUUUUUAUAUGGCUUCAUUAUUUUUACCUUCACUCCCAGUUGUGUGACAUAUCCCUCUUUACAAUUUCCAGAAAUCCCGUCAAGCAGGAACGGUUAAUGAAAGGAGCAGGAGAGAUUUGGAACACAAAAUGGGUAUUCAAAACCACAGAUCCGAAGAAACACGGAGUAAACAGCGACCUACUGACACAAGCUCGUCCGCCUCGCGAGUAUCUACCUCCGUCAGCAAUAGAACCAAACCUACCGGGCAACUACCACAAUUUAAUCAGCCUUCAUUCAGUGUUACUGGCUCAUCAGCUCAAUCAUCGUCUUCCUACUCACGUAGAAACCCAUCAGCACUUCAUUUACCAGAGCGAGAAAUUCGCCCCAAUAGGGGAAAACCACGCUCUCAAGGACAUCCGGAAUCUGUUCGACCAAGUAAUACCCCAGCUUCCACGGCGCCGAGGAAAUCUUCUUCGACGAGAAAGAAAAUAGUGUGAUGGCCUGGAUUAAGCUCCAUUUGAAAUUGAAUAUAGACAACAUUGUGAUACAAAACUUUUAAUGUUGAGUAUGGUGUCAUUCGCCGCUUUUAAGUGUUUCGUCUCGUUCGCUUCACAAGCUGGUUAACAAUCCAUCGGUGUCAUUUACAAGUCAACUCUGAAUCGAAAUGCUUCUGCCCUUUCCAUUUAAUUACGAUUUUUCAUAACGAUUCAAUAUUCAUUGGGAUAUAUUUUUUUUUUACUGCAGCUUUCUCUUCAGGGCGAGGACGAAUAUCUUUUUCCAGUCACUUAUUAUAAUUUGCGAACCUUUCUUCUCGCAACUGUUCGUUCAUAUUAUGAUUAAUACGAUACGGGAUUAUUUAGCACAACCAAACACUAUGGGGUGUGUGUGUGUGUGUGUGUGUGUCUCUUUGAUGAUGCUACUGGUAUUCAUCGGCUCAUAACUAACACGUGACCAGUUCAUGGAAUUUUGAAGCUCAGUGGCUAAAGUCGCCAAACUGAAAUACAGUGAAACCCGUGUUAAGUGGACCUCGUAUUCAUCGCCACACUUAGGGAUUUUAUAGGCUGAUCGCUUAUUAAAAUCGUCAGGUAUGCUUAGUAAUGCGGUUUUCUCCGAUCGCCGAAAUCGGUGCAUGUAAUUACCGAUGUCUGCCAUGCAAAAUAUCGGCGAUUUUUGCUGGCGAACAUAUUCGCUGCGAUCAGCAUCAUGAGAAAUUCAAGUUUGUGGCUAAUUUUUAUGCGCUCACGAUUUGGUGUUGCAUUUUUUUUAACUUCUGAAGCGGUUAUUUCGGGACUAGGGUGUUUAUGUAUCCACCCGAGAAAGUCAGACUCGAAAGGUUUCUCGAUGGUGAAUCAUCUUGCAAAUUACAGAGCCUGUCUUUCGCGGUCACCACUCGUAAGUGAGUCUCGCAAGUGAGUCCCGCGAGUGUCCGCUUAUUCCAAGUUUCACUGUAAUUUAUGGCGCAUUGUUUGUUAUUGAUAAUUGUACAAUUUUUUUUAAGAGGGUUGGGGGUCUGGUAAUGUUGAAACGAAAUAAAGGAAAAAUGGUUCCCGCACAAAGUGCAGAAUUUUAAGGCUUGUUUCGACCGCUUUGAGCAAUUCUGAUGUAUAAAAGCCUACAAUAAUUACCUUUUGUAUAAGUGACGUCAAACUCAUUAAAAACCUUCGCAUUCGAUGCAGGUAUUUUUUGAUUGAAGUGUUUCCAUCUACCAAGCUAGGUUUUGGUGGAAAACACGAUUCAUAUUUCUUUGUAAUAAAAAAAGACAAAGUAGGUUGUUUAGUCCGAAGGAACACUUACAGAGUACGCUACAGAAUUCCUGUAGUAUCUCUGUAUUCUCUUUGUAGUUGUUAGCGUACUAAUGAUAAUUAAAAGCUUUUUGAAAUAAAUUCUUAGAAUACGCUGACAAAGUUGUAAAGUUCGAUUUUGCUGUUGAUCUAUGAAGGGGAUGUUUCUAAAAAUAGAAAAUUGUAAUCAAUGUUAAUUGUCC